AUGGAGACGAAAAUCGAAGAUGGCGGUUUGGGCCCAAGUGGGCUGAGGCCCGAAAUGGAGAUUGGCAAGGGAAAUGGAGAUUCUUCUGAAAAAGAUGAAGGCUUGGCGGCGAGGGGCGAAUGUGAGAAUGGAAUAAAUUUUGUGGGCGCUGGUGAAAUUAGUGAACAAGUUGGAGGUUACAACAAAGAAUCGCCGCCGGCCGACGACGUUUGCCCGAUCUGUUUCGAUAGGUUCUCCGUCCCCUGCAGGUCGAAUUGUGGUCACUGGUUUUGUGCAAGCUGCAUCUUGCAGUUUUGGAUGUUGAAAUCCUCGGUUGGGCCGUGCAAAUGCCCCUUCUGCUAUACUCAGAUAAUCAAUCUCAAACCCGAAGCAUCUUCACCUACACACACACCGGAUGACGCCAUUCAAGUCCUUAAGAAAGUGCAUCAGUAUAACAGCCUCUAUGUCGCUGGGGCUCUUGGUGUAUUCCCGAGACUACUAACUGUGCGACUCUUCAUGCGGAGAGCGUUGGAACCCGAUGGCUUGAGAUGCAUCUAUUAUGGAAUGCGGCUUCUUGGGUUGUUUUUGGCUUUCGUGUACGAAAAAUGGGAGUUUGAGUUUGUACCCACUGGGGGACUUGGGAUUCAAAGGACGUUCGACUUGUGCGCUAGUCUCCUCAUUUUGACCCUCUUUUUCAUAGGAUUGGGGCAUAGGUUCGUGCUCAGGGGACGUGUUAGGCGUAUGGGUGUCAUGUAA